AUGGAGUCGUCGGCGGAAACAGAAAUGGCACACGCUGCGGCGGCGGCACCACACAGCGCCACCAUCACUAGGCCCGGUGCUGGCUGCUGUGGCGGUGACGAGGACGCGGAGGAGGUGCGGCUCUGGGCGGCGCUGGAGCGGCUGCCCACGGCCCAACGCGCCCGCAGCGCGAUCGUCGACGAUGGCGCCUGCGGGAAGGCGGUGGUGGACGUCGGGGACCUCGGCCUGGCGCAGCGCCGCGCGCUGCUGGACCGCCUCGUGGGCUCCGUCGACCGGGACAACGAGGGGUUCCUGCUCAGGCUCAGGGAACGCAUCGACCGAGUUGGGAUUGUUCUUCCGACAAUUGAGGUGCGUUUCGAGCAUCUGAAGGUCGAUGCUGAAGUUCACAUUGGAACCAGGGGCCUGCCAACUAUUCUAAACUCAAUCACUAACAUUUUCGAGGGAGCUGCAAAUACCCUACAUAUAUUGCCCAGCAGGAAGCAGACGAUGCCAAUCCUCAAUGGCAUCAGCGGCAUCAUCAAGCCUCAGAGAAUGACUCUGCUUCUAGGCCCACCAGGAUCAGGGAAGACCACAUUGCUUCUUGCAUUAUCUGGGAGGCUAGGCAAGAGUCUUAAGGUUUCAGGAAAAGUCACUUGCAAUGGGCAUGAAAUGGAUGAUUUUGUGCCCCAAAGGACAGCUGCAUACGUAAACCAGCAUGAUCUUCACAUAGGGGAGAUGACUGUGCGGGAAACACUUGCCUUCUCUGCAAGGUGCCAAGGAGUUGGAUAUUUCUACGACUUAUUGUGUGAAUUGUUAAGGCGAGAGAAAGAGGCAAACAUUAAGCCUGAUGCUGACCUUGAUGCUUUCAUGAAGGCAGCUGCACUGGGAGGGCAUAAAGCUAAUGUGGUGGUGGAGUACAUGUUGAAGAUAUUAGGGCUAGAGGUAUGCGCAGACACAAUGGUAGGGGAUGAGAUGUUCAGGGGUAUAUCUGGAGGACAACGGAAACGUCUUACUGCAGGUGAGAUAUUAGUUGGUUCAGCGAAAGCAUUGUUCAUGGACGAGAUCUCCAAUGGGCUUGACAGCUCCACAACAUUCCAGAUUAUCAACUCUCUCAGACAGGCCAUUCACAUCCUCAGUGGAACAGCAGUCAUCUCCUUGCUACAGCCUGCACCCGAGACAUACAACUUGUUUGAUGACAUCCUACUCCUCUCAGAUGGCCAGAUUGUGUACCAUGGGCCCCGUGAGGAUGUUCUUGAUUUCUUUGAGUCCAUGGGGUUCAGAUGCCCUGACAGAAAGGGUGCCGCUGAUUUCUUGCAAGAAGUGACGUCAAAAAAGGAUCAGAAGCAGUACUGGUCUCAGCACGACCAGACCUACUGCUACAUCUCAGUGAAGGAAUUUGCAGAUUCAUUUCGCUCGUUCCGUGUUGGACAGGCCAUGGCAAAUGAGAUUUCCGUGUCAUUCGACAAGAGCAUGAACCACCCUUCAGCUUUGGUAACCUCAAAGUACGGUGUAAGUGCAAAAGAGCUGCUGAAAGCCAACAUCGAUCGGGAGAUUCUGCUAAUGAAAAGGAACUCAUUUUUCUACAUGUUUCGAGUUGUACAGCUGAUCCUGUUAUCAGUCAUUGAGAUGACACUCUUCUUCCGUUCGAAAAUGCACCGUGAUUCUGUGGCAAAUGGAGGCAUAUACAUGGGUGCACUCUUCUUCACAACACUCAUGAUCAUAUUCAAUGGCUUCUCGGAGCUUACCCUCACCAUUUUUAAGCUACCCAUUUUUUUCAAGCAAAGAGAUCUCCUCUUCUAUCCUGCUUGGACUUACACUCUACCAUCAUGGAUUCUCAAGAUCCCCAUCACAUUUCUUGAAGUUGGUGGGUUUGUUUUCAUAACUUAUUAUGCCAUUGGAUUUGAUCCAGAUGUAGUCAGGCUUUUCAAGCAGUAUCUGCUUUUCUUAGCAGCUAAUCAGAUGGCAGCUUCCCUCUUCCGGUUCAUUGCAGGAGCAGCAAGAAACAUGAUUGUUGCAUAUGUCUUUGGAUCAUUUGCAGUUUUAGUUGUUAUGCUUUUAGGUGGAUUUGUUCUUUCUAGAGAAGACAUGAACAAAUGGUGGAUUUGGGGAUACUGGACCUCUCCGAUGAUGUAUGCGCAAAAUGCUGUCUCAGUGAACGAGUUCUUGGGACAAAGUUGGCAGAAGGUCCUUCCAGGCUCGACUGAACCCCUUGGUGUGCUUAUCCUCAAGUCCCAUGGAAUAUUUCCAGAAGCCAAGUGGUACUGGAUUGGCUUUGGUGCAUUGCUUGGAUUCACGCUUCUCUUCAACUCUCUCUUCACGCUCUGCCUUGCAUACCUCAAGUCAUAUGGGCACUCGUAUCCGUCAGUAUCAGAAGAGACACUAAAGGAGAAACAUGCAAAUUUGACUGGUAUGACUGUAGAUGUGUCAUUACAUGAAGAGAAGGAAUUUGGAUGUAAUUGCCAGUCAUAUGAAAGUGCUUGUCAGGACAUAGGCAGCUACAAUGAAACGAGUUUGGCUAGUACGGAUACCAAUUAUAUGUCUGCACAAAGGGGGGUGAUUCUCCCCUUUGUUCCACACUCACUAACUUUUGAUGGUAUCAGAUACUCUGUUGAUGUCCCACAGGAAACGAAAACACAAGUUCUAGAAGAUAAAUUGGAGAUCCUAAAGGGCGUUAGUGGGUCUUUCAGGCCAGGAGUACUGACUGCCCUGAUGGGCAUCAGUGGCGCUGGCAAGACAACUCUGAUGGAUGUUCUGGCAGGAAGAAAGACCAAUGGAUACAUCAAGGGGAGUAUCAGCAUUUCUGGAUAUCCAAAGAAACAAGAAACAUUUGCACGCGUAUCAGGAUACUGUGAACAAGAUGAUAUCCACUCCCCACAUGUUACAGUGCACGAGUCGCUGCUGUUUUCGGCAUUCCUUCGACUGCCAGGGGAUGUGAGUUCGAAGACAAGAAAGAUGUUUAUUGAGGAGGUGAUGGAGCUUGUGGAGCUCACACCAGUAAGAGAUGCUCUUGUUGGAUUACCUAGAGUUAAUGGCCUGUCGAUCGAGCAGAGGAAGAGGUUGACGAUUGCUGUAGAGCUUGUUGCAAACCCUUCAAUCAUUUUCAUGGACGAACCAACAUCAGGACUCGAUGCUCGUGCAGCAGCAAUUGUGACGAGGACAGUGAGGAACACUGUUGAUACCGGUCGAACAGUCGUCUGCACAAUUCAUCAACCAAGCAUUGACAUAUUUGAAGCCUUUGAUGAGCUUUUACUGUUGAAGCAAGGUGGAGAACAGAUCUAUUUUGGUCCACUAGGCCGUCAUUCCUCAGAAAUGAUCAAGUAUUUUGAGGAAAUUGAAGGAAUCAGCAAAAUCGAAGAUGGUUAUAAUCCGGCGACCUGGAUGCUGGAAGUGACAACAGUUACACAAGAAUUUGUGCUAGGAGUUGAUUUUAGUGACAUAUACAAGAAUUCUGAACUCUGCCAGAGGAACAAGGUCUUGAUACAUGAACUGAGUACUCCACCAGCAGGUUCGAGCGAUCUCCACUUCUCCACCACGCACUCACGGUCUUUCUUCACACAAUGUCUGGCUUGCCUCUGGAAGCAGAACCUGUCCUACUGGAGGAACCCGCAGUACAAUGCUGUCCGGUUUUUCUUCACCACCGUUAUAGCUCUACUCUUUGGCACCAUCUUCUGGGGUAUUGGCACCAAAAGGGAGAAACCACAAGAUCUGUUCAACGCCAUGGGGUCCAUGUAUGCUGCUGUUCUAACCAUGGGUGUGCUGAACGCGGCAACAGUUCAGCCAGUGGUGUCUGUCGAGCGAAUGGCCUUCUACCGGGAAAGAGCUGCCGGCAUGUACUCAGCUUUCCCGUAUGCAUUUGGGCAGGUUUUAAUUGAGCUCCCCUACACAUUGGUUCAGACUUGCAUAUAUAGUGUCAUAGUGUAUGCCAUGAUGGGGUUCAAAUGGACAGUAGCUAAAUUCUUCUGGAACCUCUUCUUCAUGUACUUCACACUGCUGUAUUUCACAUUCUUUGGUAUGAUGGCGAUCGGGUUGACACAGAACCACAACGUAGCAUCCAUUGUAUCCGCAGCGUUCCACGCCACAUGGAACCUCUUCUCUGGUUUUCUGAUCCCUCAAACCAAAAUUCCUAUCUGGUGGAGAUGGUAUUAUUGGCUCUGCCCUGUCGCAUGGAGCUUGUACGGGAUGGUAGUGUCGCAGUAUGGUGAUGAUGUCGAUACUCCGCUCUUUGACGGCGUUACCAACACCACCGUGGCAAAUUUUGUCAGGGACUACCUCGGCUUCGACCACAGCUUCCUCGGGGUGGUCGCCGCGGGGGUUGUGGCAUUUGGGCUCCUCUUUGCGCUGUUGUUCGGUGUUGCCAUAAUGAAGCUGAAUUUCCAAAGGAAAUGA